GAUUAUACAUUUUUUGUUGUUUGUGUUCUUCUGGGUGUACUAAGAUUAGUUUGGUCAAUUUCUUUCUCAAAUGAGACUAGAGAGAAAAAAAAAUGACCGACAGAUAACAAUGGUACUUAAUUUCCUCGUUUGCACUGUCCUGGGCUAUUGUUAGUCACUAGCUAUUAUGGCACCCUAAAUAUAGUCAAACACUUUACAUAGGAGAAUAACCACAAAUUGUAACCAUGAGACGAGUAGUCUCCAAAGUUAGCAUUGCACUCACCUCUGUGACCUUUCCUUGCUUGAUGUUGGAGUUAGACCGAAGCCUCAUCUAUUUCUCCCCCAGCUUCCUCUCCAAAUCAGCAAAGCGACAUAUUGCUAGGCACCCCCACUGGGAAUACCAGGAUGACGUUCUCUGGUACACUGGACAAGUGCAAUGCUUGUGACAAGACCGUUCAUUUCAUUGAUCUCCUUACAGCGGACAGCAUUCCCUACCACAAGUCUUGCUUCAAAUGCAGCCACUGCAAAGGCACACUUUCGAUGUGCAACUAUUCGUCCAUGGAUGGGGUUCUUUAUUGCAAGACCCAUUUUGAGCAACUAUUUAAGGUUACAGGUACCUUCAACAAGAACUUCCCCUCAGGUGCAAAGGCAAACAGUGAACAGCCUAAGGUUCCCAACAAGCUGUCCUCUUUGUUCUGUGGAACCCAGGACAAGUGUACUGCCUGCAAGAAGACUGUGUACCCAUUGGAGAAGAUGACCUUGGAGGGUGAGCCUUACCACAAGACCUGCUUCAAGUGCGCCCAUGGUGGCUGCCUCCUCACCAACGCCUCCUACGCUGCGCACAACGGGAUUCUCUACUGCCAGAACCACUUCUGGCAGCUGUUCAAGAAGACUGGUAGCUACGACAACCUGCUGAAGCCGGCCUCCGCCAAGAACACCUGCGCAUCCGAGGCCUUAGAGCCUGCAAAGGAACAUCCAGAGACGGAGGAGGCAUCCAAGGAAGAGGCGUCACCGGAGCAAGUCGCGGAAGCUGUAGAGGACCAGGAGCACUCAUAAGCAGAAUCCACCACGUUGCGCACGCACAGAGGAAUGUAUAUACAUGUUCCCAUGUAUAUAUUGCUGCCAGAUUGUUUUGAUCUGCUAAAGACACUUGUCUCUGGUUCUUACAUUUUUUUUUAUUGUCUUGGCUCCUGCAAUCCUGGAGUCUCUAUCUGUGCUGUUAUCUCAUUAAUGAGAGCAGAAUUCUCAAAAGAAAGGGGAUACCAUGUGAAUUCUGAGAGCAGAAUUCUGAUUUGCGGUGAGUUGUGAGAUGAUAAUAUCCUGAGGCCUGAUUCAAAACAAACAAUUUGUGAAGGAAUAGUGUAGGAUUCCAAACCUAUAGGAAAUUUUUUAUUUGGCCCUUAACAGUUUAAACAAAUGAUGGAAACUUCCCAAAUCAUAUAAAAUUC